CAUCUGUGCCGUCCUGCUUCACCACAGUAAUCACUGCCCCCGGAUCUGCGAAAAUAAAGAGGGACUUCACUGGGGGGAAAAAAAAAGCAGAGUUCAUCCCUGCCGAGGUGCCAAUGUAACUCCAGCCCGUCCGAAACUGCGCCCUUUACCUGGAUAAGUCCGCCCCGACGAGAUAGAAAAAAAAAAAGAAGAAGAAGAAGACAGAAAGAGAGGAAAACGUGAGUGGAGUGUCGACGUGAAUUUGUCAAGGCAAGGAGAAGAAUAUGAUUCUCAAGCAGCACUUGAUCCUCAUCCUUUACAGCCUCUGUGCAAGCGUCUUCAAAGUGGCUGGGACAAAAAACAAAGCGAAAGGUAGCCAAGGUCAGUUCCCCAUAACUCAGAAUGUGACGGUGGUGGAGGGGGGCACAGCCAACAUGACCUGUCGUGUGGAUUACAAUGAUAACACUUCCCUCCAGUGGUCAAAUCCUGCACAACAGACCCUCUUCUUUGGGGACAAGAAAGCACUGCGGGACCACAGGAUCGAGCUGGUGCGGGCCUCGUGGCAGGAGCUUACCAUCAGCAUCAGCGAAGUCACCCUGUCAGACGAGGGCCAGUACACCUGCUCACUCUUCACCAUGCCUGUCAAGACCACCAAGGCCUUUCUCACUGUUCUGGGAGUGCCAGAACGACCUGAGAUCACAGGAUUCACCAAGCCUGCCUUGGAGGGGGACAUGAUCACCCUUACAUGCACUUCAUCUGGCAGCAAACCUGCUGCCAACAUCCGGUGGUUCAGAAAUGACAAGGAGGUCCAAGGCGUUAAGGAGGUGAAUGCCACAGGAAAAUCAUUCACAGUGAGGAGUAGCCUCCAGUUCCAGGUGGACAGACGGGAUGAUGGGGUCGCUUACACCUGCAGCGUGGAGCAUGUGUCCCUGCCCAGCCCCUACAUGACAACCGAGGUCCUAGAGGUCCACUAUGCUCCCCAUCUGGAGAUCACACAUUCACUGAUUAUUCCACAGGAAGGACAAUACUUUAAAUUGGAGUGUGUGUCCAUAGGCAACCCAAUACCUGAGCCGGUGCUGUGGUCCAAAGAUGGAGGAGAGCUGCCAGAUAUCGAGCGUAUGAUCGUGGAGGGCCGGGAACUAACUAUCACCACGCUAAACAAAACAGACAAUGGCACAUACCGCUGCGAGGCCAGUAAUCACCUUGGGACCAGCAGUGCUGAAUAUAUACUGUUUGUAUAUGGCAAAGACUUACCAGGGCCCACAACAGAUCCCAAUGCUUUAGGACAACAUGGACCUGACCAUGCUUUAAUCGGAGGUGUUGUUGCAGUGGUGGUCUUCAUCACCUUAUGUUUGAUAAUAGUUCUUGGACGGUAUCUGGCCAGACAUAAAGGGACGUACUUAACUCACGAGGCCAAAGGAGCGGAGGAUGCCCCCGAUGCAGACACAGCCAUCAUCAACGCUGAGGGAAACCAUGUGCAUGCAGAGGAAAAGAAAGAGUACUUCAUUUAGACCUCUGCCCCCCUCCUCUUUUCUUUCAUGACACCGUUUGACAGCAGACACGCAGUUUUACGCUGACCCAGCGCUGGUUCAUGAUCUGUCUCUUAUUCUUUUGUCUUCUCCAGAAAGCUCACGCUAGGAUAUGCUUGUUUUGAAAGCAUUUUGCUGACAAUAUUGCCUUCUCCUUUUUGUAUUCAGUGUAAACCAUGUACUGUUUUGGGAUUUUAUCCAAGGCUCGGUGUCCAUUUUAGUUUUACAGUGCCUCAAUGCUGUACAUUUUUUCUGCAUUUCUUCCGCCUAUCACAGAUGUUUUAUUUUCUCUAUUCUCUUCACUGUACCUGUUAUAUACCUUUUUGCAGAUUUCUCUCUCUUUUUUUUUUUUUUUUUUUAUCACCAGGAAGCAACAAGAAGCGUGCU